GUAGUGCAACGGUAAAAAUUUUCAAGUUUGCACUUCUCCUUCUUCUUCAAUCUUCUUCACUGAAAAUCUUUCUUUCCAGAGUAUUUUUUUUCUGCUUUCUUCUCCUCUCGGUUUCCUUCUUCCCCAAACGAGAGGAGCCUGUUGCGAUCGUUACAGAAAAUCCACCCAUUCAUUACGCGAUCUCGUUUUCGCGCUGGAACCUGUCUUUUUUUUUUUCGGCUUUCUUCCCCAAACGAGAGGAGCCUGUUACAAUUCCAUAGGCAGAAAAUCCAACCAUUCAUUACCCGAUCUCGUUUUCGGGCUGGAACCUGUCUUUUUUUUUUUCUCUCUGCUUUCUUCCCCAUAAGAGAGGAACCUGUUACGAUUCCGUUACAGAAAAUCCACCCAUUCAUUACGCGAUCUCGUUUUGGGAGUUGGAAUCAACUCAAAAUUGGUGAUCACCAGAUAGAUUGCGAUGGAGAACAGGUGGAAAUCUGAUGAUUUUGAUUUUGAUUUUGAUUUGGAGGAAGAUGAACAAAGCACGUCAGGGUUUCCGGUGGGAGUGUUAACCUUCGCACCGACUGAUGAACUACUGGUUGCAUACUUUCUACGCAACAAAAUUCUUGGAAAGAAGACUAAUCUCAUCAACAUGUUCAUUGUCGAAGCCGAUGUCUACGCAUCUCACCCAGAUGGGUUGCCCUGGGAAUACCACCCCCAAGUCACUGACGGGCAUCGCUAUUACUUCGUCAGGCGCCGUAAAGUUUCUGCAAACUGCAAGGGAAAGAGGCCAAGUCGCACCAUUGAUUGUGGAUGGUGGCGCUCUGACACCGGCGACAAAGAAAUUGCAAGACGCGGUGCAGUCGUUGGUUUCAAGAAAACCCUUUCUUUCUUUCUUUACAAGGAUCAAGCCAAGAAGCGCAAUGAGGCUCAGAAAAGUGGGUGGAUUAUGCAUGAAUAUCGACUUGCUGGUGGAGACGAAUUUCAAGAAUGGGCUCUUUGCAAGCUUUAUAAUAAACCCAUCAAAAACAGUAAACCCACCAAAAAGAUAAAUACUGUGGAGACGAUCGGUUCGAUGGCUUGUGAGACCGCCGCGAUUCAGCUUCAAUCAACUUUGCCUGACGUUAACUAUUGUCAUGAGCUAAAAGAGUAUGAAUUCUUGGAAGAUGCUGAAUAUACGGAGGAGACGAUCAGUCCGAUGAUUUCUGAGACGGCAACAAUUCAGUCCCAAUCAAUUUUGCCAGAAGUUAACCAUUCUCAUGGCUUAGAAGAGUAUGCAUUAUUGGAAGAUGCUGAAUAUAUGGAGGAGAUGGGUAAUUGGUUUUCUGAUUUUAUGCGCCGCGAGGAAUAGAUGACAGAAUAUGAUAUUCGCGGUUAUGGUAAUAUGCUGCCGUCCCAGUUGUUGUAAAGUCGACAGUUUUCUCUCUCUCUUUUUUUUUUUUUUGCUG